GAACAUGGGCGGACGCUGUCGCGGCCGGAAGGCGGAAACGCCUCGAGCACCCGGCGGCACUGUCCCCCUUGGGAUCCGGUUCCGCCUCCGCGCUAGUUUCCCCGUGCGGCGGCGGCGGCGGCGGAAGCCCGGCAUGGCGCCCCGCCGCACUGGCGGCGGUGCGCAGCCCUCUCGCGCCCGUCGUGCGCCACAGGGCGACCGCGUCGGUCGACAUGGAGGAGCUAUGGGCGGAGGAAGCUUCCGACGAAACCAGCGGCGCAGCGCGCCGGCCACGGAGAAAUCGUAUCAUUAUCCGGCGCGCGCGAAACGCGUCCUCCGACUUUCCCUCGCUCCGCAGCGCGCUGGGAGACGAAAAGCCGCCGGGGAGCGCCGACGGCGGCAGCGGCCGCCGCGCCGCGACCGGGUGGGUUCCGACGGCGCCGCCGUGGGAGGGAGAAGCUCCGGACUCCGCUGAGGGUAGCGACGCCGCGAGACCGUCGAUUAUCAGCCGACGUCCCGGCGCGACGGCGAUUCGCAAGUUGCGCAUUUUCUCCAACCGCGGCCGGGAUUCGACCUCCGUCGCCGCAUUCGCUGCGCCUGCGGGUUCUGCCGCAUCUUCUCCUGGGACUGACGCGGCGGCAGCGUCCGCCGCAGCGGGAAACGGUGCGGCACCUGGCGAAGGCCUCGAGGGUGUUUCUGCGCCGAGUCGUACGCGCGGAGGCAGAUUGAUGGUGAAAUCCGCCGGCGGCGGCGGGACGGUUCUUAAGACCUCUCCUCAGGGGCAGCGGGGACGGGCUGGAGUUGCGGUGAGGCGGCGGAGAAGCUUCAGCGAAUACGAAGCGGAUCCUGCCGCGACGGUUGUUCCGUUUGUGCGACGAGAGGAGGACGAGCAGCGGGAGUCGCAACGGCCAUCACAGGAGUCGUCGCAGCCGUCGCACAUCAUGCGAAGUCUUGACAGCGGUGAGGGGCGUCAAGAAGCGGCAGGGCAGGAAAACGCCGACGCGCUCCGUGCGCCGCCGCGUUCGGACAAGGCCAGCGAAAUGACGAAACGCAGUGGCGAAACGGGUGGCGAAGAAUCUAAGUGGCGAAACGGAGGGCAGCUGAGGGCCGCGUCGUAUCACGAGGGCACCAGCGGGCCUCGCAGUAGCGAAACGGCUGGCGAACAAUCUCGAGGGCAGCAGAGGGCCGCGUCGUAUCACGAGGAGCGGAGGGCCGCGUCGUAUCACGAGGAGCUGGCUUCGGACUUGGUGGAUUAUUUCGGCGAAAUUGCGCAGUCCUGGAGCAUUGAGUGCUCAGGCCGCACGUGCGACUCGGUAGAACAUCCUCGUGAAGCGGAAGCUGGCGAAAUUGCGCAGUCAUGGAACACGGCGAGGGAAAGGAGCAGGUGCACUUUUGAGUCAAAUGUCACCUUCUGUGUUGACGCGGAAGGUACAGUGUUCGAUUCUUCCUCUGGUGGACACCAGUGA